GCGGCUCAUCAGGUGUGGUCGACGUCGGCAAGCUUUCACUCACUCCAAGUGAUUCUCGUGGUUCCGCUCGUCAUUUGGAUCCGCCGACGAGUUCGACACGAGCCGGCGACGCUGAGCCAGAUAAAAGUGGAGGCGGUGAUUUUGGAGGAGGAACAGCGCACCGCACUUUCCUGUUGCUCCUGAACGCCUCAAUGAUGGAACCCGUUAGGAGCAGGAGCAUCUCGUAGUUGUCCUCCUGGGUUCUUGGUGACCGUUCCUGGCCUCAUCCCUCAUUGGUCGUCGGCGGUGGGCAAGUUUGGUCUGGGAUCGCCAAAGUGAAACUGAAAAACAUGCACGAUGCCAGACAGACUAAGUAAGUGAACCUUGUCCUUGUUUUUAAGGAGGAGGAACCCCAAGGCCAGUGCUGAUCGUACUGUGAGCGUGGCGGUGGUCGUGUCCGAAGUCUGACACCGAGGAGUCGGGAAUGGCGGGAAAGGACUACAAUCACCUCUUCAAGCUGCUCAUCAUCGGCGACUCGAAUGUCGGGAAAAGCAGCCUGCUGCUCCGCUUUGCUGACAGUUCCUUCUCUGGAAGUUACAUCACCACCAUCGGCGUGGACUUUAAGAUCAGGACGGUGGACGUGGACGGGGAGCGCGUCAAGCUACAAAUCUGGGACACGGCGGGACAGGAGAGAUUCAGGACCAUCACCUCCACGUAUUACCGGAACACGCACGGCGUCAUCAUCGUGUACGACGUGACCAAUCCCGAGUCGUUUGUCAACGUGAAGCGCUGGCUUAACGAAAUCGCUCAGAACUGCGACAGUGUCUGCAAGGUUCUAGUGGGGAACAAGAACGACGACCCGGCCAGGAAGCAGGUGGACAGCCAGGAUGCGGUGCGCUUCGGCGAGUCCGUGGGGGUGCGCGUGUUCGAGACCAGCGCCAAAGAGAACAUCAACGUGGAAGAGAUGUUCAUGGCGUUCACUCACAUGGUCCUGUGGGCCAAGAAGCAAAGCCAGAGCCGGGCCGAGCGGGAACGCGAGCGCGAGAAGGACACGGUCAACAUCAACGCGCAUCGGGAGCGAGACCGCCGGAAGAGAGCCAAGAAAUGCUGCUAAGUGGAAAAACAAGUUUGUUGUUUUUUUGCUCAUCAUCUCACGUCCGCACUGGCAACUUUCAUUCAUGACUACUGUACUAGCGUAUUAUCACACGUGAAUACUGGACUAGCAUUAACGCAUACUAGUGCUGGGGCCACACGUUAAAAAAAAAAAAGAGAACUCUUACACUAUGAUUUUUUUUCAUGAAUAAAUUAGUAUGUUUUUUUUAGAUGAAAGUCAAACUACGAUGAGAUGCCCCCCCCCCUCCCCCUUUAUUCUUGUACUGCUCAUACUUUAAUCUGGUAGUGUGAUUUUUUUUUUUUUUUUUUUUUUAUUAUCCAAAAUGUUUUUCAGUCUUGAUGAAAAUUGGAAGCCUCCCUGGCUGGGCAGAGGGUCAAAUUAACCUGAAGGUGGCGCCAACGUUUGUGUUGUUGGAUUUGUAAAAUGACCAAAAAGAAGAGGAAGAUGGCAAUAGAAAAACAACAAACAUCGUUUUAUUUGCACUUGUUGCGUGCCACGAACUAACUUUGGACACACUAACACAAACGUGUGAUCAGUGGCUUGAAUGUUUUUUUUUUUGUUUUUUUAAAUGUAACUUUGUUGCCUAGCAACUGCACGAAUAAAGUCUUAAAUCCAAAA